GAGAGAGAGAGAGAGAGAGUAUAAGGAUUCCGCAAGUGUGGAGGCGGUCGUAUCCCAAAGGGUGAGGUAGUGGAGGGUGGCAUGAUGGUACCGGAGGUGGUGGAAGCGCGUAUGCUCGCUUCAGCACUGCCACCUCUCAUCGUCAGUUGCUACUUGGUUUCCGGACUCUGCGGACAGGCAGCAUCCAUUUUGUGCGGUUUUAUAAAAUGCUUUAGAUUUGUUCGGUUGACGCUGCAUAUCUUACAACAUAUCUACAAUCAAGACAAAUAGAGUAAUCAUUAAUCAGAGACGGAGGUCAGAAGCGAAGAGGACUUAAGUUAUUAGAUCGAACAUGUAUAUGACGGCUCUAUGGAUUGCUUUUAUUUUGGCUCAGUCGAGCAGACUGCUCGUCGAGGGCAUCAGAUCGCACUAUGUCGAUUCAACGCAGAUCGCGGAGAUCAACGAAAUGGGUGAUAAUCCUGCGGAUAAUAGAGAACCGACGUGCAAAGAAUUACGCACGAUGUGGAGGUAUACCAAACGCCAAAGUAGAGCCAUCCAAGUUAUGAACAAACUCCCAUUCAUACAAGACUUUUUCGCGUAUAAUGCGUGGAAGAAUUAUCAGGCUCCUCCUCAACCCCCUCUUGACUAUCGAGAUUAUACCGAUCGACCUCGUACUCGUGCUGCUGGUAGUGCACCACCUGUUUAUGGAAGAAUAGUUCAUAAAGCACCACCAGGAAGUAGACUACGAAGCAGUCAACAAAUGCCACACCGAACUAAGGCCUUCGAAGAUGUUGCAUAUUUGUAUGGAACAAUAAAUUUUCAUCCACCCUCUUCCCGACGUCGACAAUCGAGUUUCCGUAUUGGUGGUGGUGCCUCCCCGCCUAUAUCUCAAGUUCCCCAAGCUGGUAGUUUUCAACAUUUACGAGACCUAAUUCGUGGGGAAAGGGCUCGUGAAUUAAGGAAGCAACACGAAUCCGAUAGAAUCGCAGCAGCGAAAGCGGCGACAAUCAAGGAAUAUUCUAAUGUCGACCAAGACGAUUAUCAAAACGUACCACGGCUGCGGAAACACUUUGCAAACUCGUUAGAUGGAUAUCAGCAAUUUAGAAAUCCGAAAGGUGAUAUUAGCCGGGCUUGGUCGAUAUCCAAGAAGAACAAACCAACUAAGGUAUCUAGUAAAAUAAUAUUGCACCUUUUGAAGAAGCUCCAUAGAAUGUAGUACACCAUCUUGUAAAUGUGUGAGAACAACAUCUGGUACAGUGGGUAGAAUGUAAGGCGU